GUUCGCGCUGCCCAUCACCGAAGCAGAAAACGUCCCAUUCUACCACCUCAUGGCAGACGUAGAACAAGUUCUUACUUCGAACGAGGAUCCUGAAAUCCAAGAUCGAAACCGAUGCGCGGUAGCCAAUGUAAUACUCAACCACAUUCACAGCAGCCGUAACCAAGCACCACAGCUGGAACCAGUUCCCCGAUUCUGCAACCACGCUGAGCAAAUCACCCGUAGGUUUCUAAAGGAGAAUCCAAACGUAGUCGUGAUCAAGUCCGACAAAGGAAACAAAACUGUUCUGAUGGAAGCUGGCGAUUACAAACAGAAAAUGCUCGAACUGCUGAACGACCAAGCGACGUACUGCCCGGUCACGCGCGACCCGACGUCAAAAUUCGAACGAGAAAACAAUAACUUGGUGAGACGACUUCGAAACCUGCAUCUCAUCGAUGACAAGACCGCCAGACGACUCACCAAAUACAAUGCUGUCUGCCCGCGAAUCUACGGGCAACCCAAGGCUCACAAACCAGGACUACCGUUGAGACCCGUCGUACCAAACAUGACGUCCCCGUCGUACGAGCUAUCCAAAUACGUAGGGCGGAUCAUCCAACAAUCCUUGGUAAGCUCCUACAACAUCAAAGACUCGUUCUCGUUUUGCCAAUUCAUAAACGGCGUCACCCUACCCGACGAUCACGUGCUCAUCUCUUUGGAUGUCAAAGCACUAUUCACGUCGAUACCGAAAUCCCUAGUGAUUAACAGUAUCAUCAUGCGGUGGAACGAAAUCAGUCCAAAUACAAACAUCAACUUGGACCUCUUCCUCGAAAUCGUAGAGUUCUGCAUUGACAGCAGUUACUUCCGGUUCGAUGGACAACACUACCUUCAAGUAUUUGGUACAGCCAUGGGCAACCCACUCUCACCGUCUAUAGCAGACUGGGUGAUGGAAACCCUGCUGGACACCGUUAUUCGCAUGCUAAAGAUUCUGCGAAAGUUUGUGGACGAUCUUAUAACAGCCAUUCCACUAAAUCAACUCCAACACGUACUAAAAACGUUCAACAGCUAUGAUGUUCACAUCCAGUUCACCUACGAACUAGAGGUGGACAACAAAUUGCCUUUCUUGGAUAUGCUCCUCAUCAGGCAGAGUAACCAAAAGGUAACAACACAAUGGCAUCAGAAACCCAUUGCAAGCGGAAGGUUUCUGAAUUACUUUUCUUACCAUCCAAUGAGCCAAAAGUUGAACAUGGCUAAAAAUCUUGCCAGUCGUGUAAACCUGCUUUCCACUGACCUAGACAACCAAGCAAAGGUCAAAAUCAUUGAUGAACAGCUGAAAAUCAAUGAUUACCCAAAGUCUCUGAGGCACCGAAUAGCAAACAGAAUGAACGAGAAUAGAUCCGAUGAAGUUCUCACGCAGCGGUCGCUACAGCUGGAUAACCUGGAACAUACCUACCGUAGCAUUCCAUUCAUACCUCGCCUGUCUUCGAAAAUAGACAGGGUACUAAAGCAGGACUAUCAUAACAUACGACUUGCCAAAUACAAUGUGAAAACAGUCAAGGAUAUGUUCACCAGGGUUAAGGACGAAGUACCAUUGGAUCACCAGACGAAUGUUGUUUACAGCAUUCCAUGCAACGAUUGCGAAGCCUCAUACGUAGGGAUGACGUCUAAUCGCCUAAAAACAAGGAUGAAUGGACAUCAAUCACACUACAACAAAAUGGAUAAAAUGUUAGAAGAGGGUAUAAACAUCGACGAUCCACAGAUGACAACACUAGGGGAACGAACCGCACUGAUGAGCCACAGCAUCAUAAAACAACACCGCUUCGACCUAAAAAAGGUAAAAGUAUUAGACAAACACAAAAACACACGUACGCUACAAUUUCUCGAAAUGUGUCACAUAAAAAACAACAAAAAUAGUAUAAACAGAAGAUCGGAUACUGAAGGUCUGCAUUCGGUCUAUGCCGGAAUUCUAUACGAAAUAGGAAAGAUAAACAAAACACGAAACGAAAACGAAAAUGAGAAUGUCAACAACACAGGUACACAUGCAAACACCUAUACACAUGGCUCUAACGAUCGCCCAUCCACACAACAAUACACACAAAGUUAGCUAAACCAACGCGUAGGCUGUCAAACAAGUGGAACGUAGAGAAGAAAAUCAAAAUUUUAUAGCGAAAAUCAGAGACAGGGAUUUAGUCACUGUGCAUAAAACACGCCACCUACAAUACAGUGUGCACCACAAUUAUUGGCACACAUGCACCAAAGUGAGCGCCAUUUUAAUCCAAUACAUGGACAACAUUCCGUAGAGCUCAAUCGGGUCUUCACAAGAAAACGAGCUUCUGUAAGUUAUAGGGAUGCACAAAACAGGAACAAUUAUGUAAAACUAAAAUUAUUUGUAAAAAUUUUUUAGAGUCCUUGAAAAAGGUAAAAUAAAUUACCGAAACCGUCGGAUGUAGAUGCAAAACCGUUUUUGCUGCUACCUAGACUGAUACGGCCGAUAAAAUCACCUUGUUGUACCCUACUGUACCCAAUAAAUGUUGAUUAUAUGUCGCUAGAAUGAUAAGUCAAUAAUAAUCGUUUCAUUAGAAGUCCAAAUAAAUGUAGAGUUCAGAGUUUCCUUCCUAGCCAUUUGAUUAUUUAAUUGCGUUUAUCAUCACAUAGCAUGUUAGUAGUUUCGUUGUCCCGUCCUCCACGUCAGUGAGUUUGAUUGGGUUGUUUAGUGUCUUCCAGGUCAGGGAGAAAUCUAGUGAUGAACGGAAAGAGUCUGCCGAUGAUGAGAACUUCUCACUAGUGAGAUCUUGAGGGUACGGGUGGUCUCUCACCGUUCUCUGAGUGUCGUCGUGACUGUGUAGUUAUGUUGCGAUAAUAGGGUGUUCCCGUUUGGACGUUUUAGUGCGUAGCCAGCUGGAUCGAUCCGUAAAUCCUUUCAGGAAUUUUCAAAUGUACUCGCCCUUAGGGGGUCUCAUCCGGGCAAUAUAAUAUCGGGCGCGUGGUCUCCCUUGUGGAGUGGCGCUUAAGCCACGCGUUUUAUGCUGGAUCGCCCAGCAGCGGCUACAAUGGGAUAACUUGCAACAAGCAUUUUUUUUCGCACCUCCUAAUUAGUUGGCAACGUAUUUUGGUAAAUCAAGUGUUGCAUAGUAUUCUACUGGUGGUAAUUAGUGUACACGAUGCUUUACAGAACGUUUCAAAUGUUUCGAUUUUCAAUGAUAUUGCAAAAGUGUUGCAAGUUACCCCAUUUACGGUACAUUACAUUCAAUGUAUAAUUCAAUAUGCUCCUUAUUUUUAUUCUUUUUCUUCUUUUUCCUCUUCUUCUAUAAGCGCAUCCACGUUGUAACAUCUACGCCUAAGGAGUUAAGUAAAAUUUUCAUUAUGGAAAAUUUGUGCAUCUAUAUUCCCUAUCUUCCUUAUAGGCAAGCCGUCACUCUUGCUGGAUUUACCUUAGAAUCUAUUCCGCAUUCACUAAGGACGUUGUUCUGACUUCCAAUUGAAACAUCAAGAGGACCUUCUGAACCCGUUCAACCCACGCCCUCACAAUCAACGAAAAGUGAAAGGCCGCAGCAUAAACAAAAUGACUCACUUAGCUGCUCCAUGCUGUGCGAGUAAUCUGUUGGUGCCGGGUUUCCAGCACGAUUCAAGAUCAAGGACUUCUGCGGCGGUGCAUCCACGAGUGCAAUCAUGCAAACGUACUUAUACGUAUCACCAUCCCACACUGACUACAUAUGUAUACCAGACGUGUGCCUCUGACUGGUUCGGCACAUGUUCCCUUGUAAUGUUUAUCACGUUAUUGGAGCGGGCGUGGAUCAGCAUUCCGGCUACGACCGGAUGACUCCACGGCACGGCACGAGUAAAAUGUUGUUCCUCCUGUUGGAUACUUAAUUGGUCCACACUGGGCACUUAUCGAAGUUGCACUCGGUGUAGGUUAAGGGAUUCUUGUUACCUUAUUAACAUAGGUCGGUCCAUCGAAGGCCACGAUCAUCAGCGGGUUGUCAUAUUAGGAUCAUACACUUGUUUCAGCGCAUCGCAGACAUUGCCUCAUGCCAAAUCCGAACACAAAGUGAAAAAAUUGAAUACAUUUUAAUUGCAGAAAUGCAGUUCUGAGCUAAGUCUAAAGAGCUUUAACGUCAAUUAUUCCCGAUGGAUAAUUCUCAGCACAAACCUCCUGGCCCGACACGGCCGGGGAUAGGUUCCUUCCAUCUCAAUCGCAGGUAGGUAGCGAAAGAUCCUCUUACACGCUGACUGUUGGAUUCAUGCCGAACUAAUUGAAUCACCCGGCGUUGUUGGUUGGUUGUUGGGUGUCACGUUGAAAUCAGACCCUGCCAAACAAGUAUUUCAAUGAGCUGCUUGCGGUUGCGCAAACCCGCCAACAAUGAAUACAUUGACCCAAAACGGGAGCAUUGUCCAAUCCAGCAACCAACCAUCCGACGGUUAGGAAGGCUCGUCGAAUGUCGAGUGAAACUGUUGGAGGGCCGGUGCUUCUCAGCUGGAAAUUUGGGAUGUUGGGAGUAAUUCAUCGUGAGCUACUGUUACUUGAAAUUCGCACACAGAAAAGCAAAUUGAUUUAUACAAUUAGUAUUAGUAGAAGCAGUGUGAAACGAGCUCACCAAUUUAUCUGAAAACGGCUUUUAUUACCAUCGAGGCGUUUCCUUGGGAUCUGAUGCUCACAGAAACUCUUCCAGGAAUUUCUCAAGAAACCCACGGAACGAUUUUCCGUGUAAUUUCUGUACGAAUAUGCUGUGUACACCGGAUGGUAAUACCAACCUAAUGAAUAUUUUCAUUCGUGAUGUUACCACAAUGAUUACUGGAGUCAAUGUUCAUGUCAUCUUCUACAACGCUUCAAUACUUCAAACAGUGCGUCUUGAAGGAAAUCGAUCAAUAUUCUGACUCAUCGAGAUCUUCAGAAACGCAUCAAACCUGCACCGAUCGUGACAUGUAGGCAGCCCAUAAAAUCAAUUACCAGCGUGCACUUUACCCCAAUUAAUUAUGAAAGCCUUUAUCAUCAAGAGUCACCCGUUAAACAACAAGAAAUUUGUCUUCCACCGUCGCUAGUCUUCAGUUCUCAUCUUGUUCGCUCACCGUUUUGCUCGAUAAGGUUUUAGCACUUACACUUUGUCACACAGACUGCUUCGAAACUCCCCUCUGCAAAUGAUUAAUCGAUUCCAGUCCCCCCAAGGAGAUUUUGUACUCCUACCCUGACCAAUGCGAUGGUUGUUUACUUGCUUCUUUCAGUAAAACCUCACGAUCAUCAACGCAGAAAACCACUCCAAGAUAAAUUAUCCCGAGCCGCACUUUCUUCGGCCGAUCCUUGGAUUUUCCAUCAUCGCCCGUCAAGAGUCACUCACUGCUCAUGGGAAAUGGGGCCACAUUUCGAUCGGCUCAGACUCAGCAGAGGUUACCGUUUUAAUCGGAGGAAUGAAUUUGUCAUCCGGUGUGCGAAAUUUGAGUCAGCGAGUCGAACAAUAUUCAAAUCUCCAGUUGAUAAAUGGCCGGAUUACUGAACUGUACGUUUUAUACCAGGAGGACAACUUUGACACGAAUUUUGAUGAGCUUAUCGCCAACAUGGUAGACAACUCAAUCCGCGUCGUUUUUUGAAAACGUGAUGCUUGGGCUACUUCCAAGAUUAGCAUGUUUACUUGUAAAAAAAAUCAUGAAACGACAACAACAUAUGUGGACUUCAUUUCCUGCCCCCUUGAACAUAAUUAACUGUGACCAAACAAGUCGAAAGGGCAAUGUCACCCGCCUCUUCGUUGUCGAUUCUCGGGGCAUCCGAGUCUCAACUAGUGACAGUGGAGGUGUCAUGCCGUGACUCAGAUUGCACCAUACCAGCAACUUCCCCCCUCGGGAGCUACAUGUGUACUAGCGUGGUUCAAAAAAUCGUUUUUGCUCCACACCGCUUAUUCGAUUCCUAACCAGAUUAUAUGCCUUCUCCCAAAAUUUGAGCUUAUUUGGUUGAAAAUUGAGACUGCACAAGCCCUUCAAAGUUUGUAUGGGAAUUACUAUGGGAAAACGAUGUUUUUCUUUCGAUCCACCGUAGCAUUUCCCCAAGUGCCCUAGUGGGUUAGUCGACCCUUGGUAAUCCUAGGCUACUCUAUCAACUACAACUUUGCCGAAGACCGCAUUCAAAUCGGACGCCUCAUUAAUUAGUUAUCCAUUUGUAUCCAGCUGGGCAA